AUGUACACAGCAAAUAUCAUCUUCAUCCUCCUCAAUCUUCUCUGCUCAGCAGCUCCAGAGAAACAUGACGUGUGCAUCGUGCAGCCGUACCGAGUGGUGGCAACGGAGGGCGUGGCUACGGUAGAGUGCCGCUACGCAUUUCCCCCCCAUCCCCACCCAGAGGAUCUCAGCGUGGCGCUGCUGAAAGGUCUCCAUGGCAACGAGGUGGUGUGCCGGAGCGAGCUCAACAGCACGCAGCUGAGCUGGAGCACACGUGGAGAGCCACACGCCUGCCAUACUCGCAUGACCAACCGCGGCUUCAACGUCACCGUCUCCGGCCUGAAGGGCGGCGACACUGACAUUUACCGCUGCCAGGUGGAGGUGUUCUACCCCCCUCCCUAUCGCAAGAGAACAGGCAAUGGCACCCUGGUGUACGUCCCAGAGAAACCGGUCUGUUCCCUGCCGAAGAUCCAGCUUCUCGUCGGCCGCAGAGCACCGCAGAACCGGCAGCUGGAACCAGAGAACCCAACGCCGGAACCAACGCCGACCCGGGCAGAGAGACAGGACAGGGUGCUGCAAUGGGUACAGGUGCCCCUGCCACUGCUGCUGGUUCUGCUGGUCUUAACCGUGUUCGCCGUAAUCUACCAGAUCGCAAGGCUUACACACACCAGAAGGCAAUGCAUAGGCACACAGCCACCAGGAAAGACAGCCGCACCAAAGAGCACCAUCUGAAUCUUGCAUUGUUACAUACAUUUUUUCCCCUGUGUUUUUCUUGCACCGUCUUAAUUUAUUUUAUGUUUAUUUUGGACAUAGGCCCAUGUCU